GAAAAAUCCUCAUUGGCUCCGCCAGGGAUACACGGCACUGCACUCCAACACGCACAAUCGCGCACUGAUCGGAACAAGACUAGAAGAGGGAAGCAGGACAAUGGGAAUGGCGGGCAGCCGGUGGGCGGCAGCGGUGGCGGUGGUUGCAUUGGCCGGAGCGGUGAUUAUGAGGAACCAACUGGGGAAGCAACUUGGAUGGGAUAAUGGGAAGAACUCCGACGUGAUGCAGUGGCUGAGAGGGAUGUCCGAUCGUUUGGGGUUUUGGGCGAUUCCCGCCUACGUCGCAGUCCACACAGUCACUCUUGCGCUGUGCUUGCCGUACGCCGUUUUCUUUGAGGCCGGCGCUUCUCUGCUCUUUGGAUUCUUGCCGGCCCUCUUGUGUGUCUUCUCGGCCAAGGUCCUCGGAGCCUCCCUCUCCUUCUGGAUCGGCAGGCUUGUCUUCAGAAGUUCUGGCUCUGCUGCUCAAUGGGUGAAGAAAAAUAAGUACUUUCACCUGCUAUCAAGGGGGGUCGAGCGAGAUGGUUGGAAAUUCGUUCUGCUUGCUCGCUUCUCACCUGUACCGUCCUACGUCAUAAAUUAUGCAUUGGCUGCUACAAAUGUUGGGUUUCUUGUGGACUUCUUACUUCCAACAGUAAUUGGCUGCCUACCAAUGAUCUUGCAAAACACUUCAAUUGGCAGCCUUGCCAGUGCUGCUGUAGCUUCAGCAUCUGGCUCCCAGAGAUCUCAGGUUUGGUCAUAUGUCUUUCCCCUUCUUGGGAUCUCAUCCAGUAUUCUUAUCUCUCUGAGGAUCAAAAAGUAUUCCACUGAUAUCGCAUUUUCUGAUGAUUCUUCAAAUGGCCUCAUAAAUGAACCCGUUGAUGCCAAGCAACCAACCCAAAAGCUGUCAAGUGGGAAAAGAAACAAGGGGCGGAAGAAAAACUAAAAAUUAACUGAAAUUCCUAAUUUCUUGUGAGUUAUGGUCAAUUUUUUCAUCACCAUUCUCUAUAUUGUCAUGAUUUUCUGCCUCUCUUUCCAUGACAUUUUCAUAUACACGAUGAAUCUGUACUGGACAAUGAGGCAAUAGGAGAUUAGACUCAAAAGUGUAUUGUUCGAAGAAACGGGCGAUGUAGCUGUGGGACAUUCUUCUUCUGUUUUAUCCCUUUUCUUUUAUCAAUCGUACACUUAGAUCCCAAUGUUCAUUGCUUCUGGAAUGAGUAGCAUAUCUGAAGGGAUUGUUCA